AUGGCGGAUUACGAGAAGCUGCCGCUCGUUCAGCAGCACGGUGCUGCUUUCAAUGAUCCAAACGGAAGUGCGCGAAGACCUCGGACGACCCAUCGGGGUCUUAUCAUGACCGUUUUUGCACUCAUUGCCGGGUACUCCCUACUUGUCCAUUCCAAGGAUUACCUGCGUGAUUUGGUACCAGGAGAGUCCCAAUCAGCAGAGGCACGAUGUCCGCAGGUGGAACCCCUCCUGCCCGUCAGGCAGACAGAUUCUCUAUUGGAAUUGGAGCAAUACCUGGACUCUGGCAAGUUUCGCAACGAGACAAUUGCCCGCUUGUCCGGUGCCGUCCAAGUCCCAAGCGAGUCUUAUGAUGACUUGGGUCCUGUUGGCGAGGAUAAGCGAUGGGAUACAAUGUACGACGUGGCUGCGUAUCUAAAGAAGACCUUCCCGUUGGUCCACAGCAAGUUGCAGUUGGAAAAGGUUAACACCCAUGGUCUGCUCUAUACAUGGGCAGGUUCAGACAACUCUUUGAAACCUACUGUGUUAAUGGCGCAUCAAGAUGUGGUUCCUGUCGCUGCGUCAACGGUGAACCAGUGGACACAUCCACCAUACAGCGGCUUUUAUGAUGGAAAGUAUAUCUGGGGCAGAGGAUCUUCAGAUUGCAAGAACACCCUUAUCGGUAUACUUGAAUCAGUGGAGCUUCUCCUAGAUGCGGGCUUUGAGCCGAAGAGGACUUUUAUUCUAUCCUUUGGCUUCGAUGAAGAGAGCUCUGGGAACCAAGGCGCCGGCCAUCUUGGAGAGGCUCUGUUGGAGCGUUAUGGCGAAAACGGAGUUGCACUCAUCGUUGACGAAGGUUCCGCAAUCAUGCCAUUCUGGGGAUCAUACUUUGCCACCCCGGGAGUAGUGGAGAAAGGCUACAUGGACGUGGACGUAAUUGUCCGCAUGCCUGGAGGCCAUUCGUCAGUUCCGCCUGCACACACCGGCAUUGGUGUGAUGUCAGAGUUCAUUGCCUUGGUUGAGAACAACCGCUAUGAACCUCACUUUGACUCGGAGAAUCCAUUUCUCCAGGCAUUGCAAUGCGGAGCGGCUUACAGUCCAGAGUUUCCACCCUCGUGGAAGAAGUUGCUGCCUACGAACAAGGGUGGCGAUCGCCACAAGACGGAAAAGUUGGCUCACGCGGUAGCUGCGUCAAGCGAUAUGCUCAAAUACCUUUUUACCACCUCUGUAGCUGUCGACAUUAUCGGCGGAGGUGUCAAAGCGAAUGCCCUGCCAGAACGCACCACAGCACUCAUUAAUCACCGUAUUAACAUCGGCUCCUCAUCCACAGAUGUCAAGAAGCACUUGACUCACCUCGCAUCGAAGAUUACCCAGAAGUACAACUUGACUCUUCAUGCAUUCGAUGGAGAAGAGACACCGUCAUCGAUCACGCUGAGCCUGUCCAAGGAUCCCCUCGAGCCGGCUCCUGUCACCCCAACCGAGAUUGACUCUCUUACUCCGUAUGCAAUCCUGUCUGGAACUACUCGUGCUCUUUACGGAGAAGAGCUUUACGUCUCACCGGGACUAAUGACUGGCAAUACUGAUACUCGAUAUUAUUGGGGCGUGACGAAGCACAUCUUCCGAUACGCACCUGGUUGGGACCCAGAGGACGAGGGUGGGCUUGGAAACAUUCACACGGUUGACGAGAGAAUCAGCGUUCUCAACCAUAUCAACGUGGUAAAAUGGUAUACUAUGUUUGUGCGAAAUGUUGACGAAGCGGAACUUUCAUAA